AUGGUGUCGCGAAACAGCAGCCGCAAUGCAGCGCAAGACCAGCACUUCCUGCUCGCCCUGCGAGCCACUGCUUCUGCGAUCUCUUGCGCGGGAGUUGCCACGCUACAAGCCCGGCAGCUCCUCAUUACACAGACCGCGAGCCCACUUGGGGAAGCUGCCGUGGUCCAGGCCACCAGUGGCCUGGCAACCGCAUAUUCCCUUGGCAGCGUAGCAGAGUUUUUCUUAAGCCCAGUGUUUGGCAAGAUGUCUGAUCGCUUUGGCAGAAAGCCGAUCCUGCUUUUUUUCAUGAUCGGGCCAGCAAUCAUGCGCACACUGUGUGCGCUUGUCGAGCAACCUGUGGCCAGAAUACGAUUGCUGUGGUUGGACUUUGCAUCGGCGCGGGCUGUUGGCGACUUGCCGGUGUCUUUAGAAUGUCUCAUGCAGGAGAUUUACCUAGAGGACCUAGUCAAGAGUGCAAUCAUCGGCAGCAUCCAGCCUUUUUUGGGAAUGUGUGGCACUAUGGUCACGGAUGUGUUCACGGUCGACCAGCAACCAGCUGCCAGAGCACAGCUUGCCGCUUCACAGGCCUUGGGUGGCAUUCUUGGAAACUAUUUGUCUGGUUGGUGGAGCCUGCGGGCAGGCCCGAGGUCGACCUAUCUCUGCACAGCAGCUGCACCCUUGUUUUCCCUUGCCUUUGCUGCAGCUUGCUUGCCUGAGACAAACGCAGAGAUCAAAGAUGGACGGCCUUCCAGGGACGCGCAGAGCUCUUGCAGUGUCACCGACGGCAAAACGAGGAGUGCUUAUAGAACCCUGCUGCUUGAUCCGGAGAGCUUGCUGAUCGGUGGCGCUCUCGGCCUCUAUGAGUUCCUGAACUAUGCACCGCUGAACUCGGUGGCGAUCCUUUUCAUGAAGGAGCGUCUGAAUUGGGGCCCGCUGGAAGCAGGGCGCUUUGCUUCUGGACACGCUCUGGCGGGGUUCUGCGCAUCUAUGUUGGCAGGAAGAUUAAUGCGAUUCUUUGGCAAAAGGCUGUAUGUCAGCGUCACCAACCUGUUGACGAGUGUGGCCUAUGCGACAUGGGCCAUGUCCACCACUGGCCCUAGCCUGAUCGCAUGCCUGCUGCCCUUGAGCUUUAGCGGGACGGGCGCUUCAGAAGGAAAGAGCACAGUUUGGAUAGUUACUCUGUUCACAGAGAGGCACGGCCGAACUUGA